AUGAAGACAUCAAUUAAAGAAGGAAUCAUAAGAGCUGCACAAAUAAAAGCGAUCGAAAAUCAAGAUAAAAUACGAGUUAAUCCACAAACACAAGCUGAUGAUAUCCAAUGUGAGAAUAUAGACUCGAACAAUGCGGAAUCAUUACUGGACGGUUCCGAAGCUGCCAACUCAAAUGAACUAAUGACCAACGAUGGAAAGGCAAAAAAUUUGAACAGAUCAGAACAUACUCCAAUAAGCAAGAGCUUAGAAACGAAAAAAUCUAGUGCAAGUCCAGGUUUUCGUACACUUUCGUUGCCUGCACAAGAUGUACCAUCUAAAGAUGCUGCGAAUGUAUUGCAAAAAGAAGAUUUAGCUGACAAUUAUCAGCAAUUCCAAAAAAAGAUUCAGGAAAUAGGUGAGAAGAUCACUCGUGAUCCUGUUUUACGUCAGAAGAUUGCUGAAAAGUUUAAUGAAAUAAACAUUGUCCUGUGUGGUUCACCACGAGUUGGAAAGAGUACUCUAAUUAAUGCUAUAUGUCAACAAGAACUGGCUAGAACACAUGCUGGAUUACAUGCCUGUACGAAUAUAAUUUCACCCUUCUAUUUGAAAGGUAACACUACAGUUGGUGAUGAAAACAUAAACUAUCGAUACAACAUUUGGGACACUCCAGGAUUCGAAAACUGGGAUCAAGCAGCCAUUCGUUCUUGUUUUGAACGUAUUAAAGAAAAACCUAAGUCUGACAUUCUAUGUAUGAUCUAUUGUGCAUCGCCUGGUUCAUUCGCCAACUUGCGACAACUCGAAUGGUUACUAGAAGAAUGUAAAAAGCAGCAUAUAUUUUGUGCACUUGUAUGUACUAACAAAUGGAGUGGAUUCAAAGAUCAACGAGAGGCUGUUAUGAAAGAUUUUCAAGACACACUCGUGAAAUAUCAUCCCAAAACUCGAGAAGAAAAUGGUAUUAUCUACUUUGGAAAUAUGGGUUUAUGUACAAGUGUAAAUAGCAAGGCAAUUAAAGAUGAAGAAACACAUCGAGAAUAUGAACAAUCUGGUAUUAAUGAACUUAUAUUUGGUAUUAUGCAAUCAAUUGACGUGGAAAAAGUAGCUCUAUGGUGUAUGUUUGCAUUCGAGAACAAACCAUUUUGGAAAAAGUUCUUUAACAACCCUACACAACAACUGAAAAAUUUCUGGACCAAACUUUUCUAA